AGUCCGUGCGCCGUUCGGAGAUACCGAGGUGAUGUGCCAAUGGGAGAAUGAAGGUCGAAACGGGGAGAUGGAAUGCUAGCAUGUAGAGAGUCUGGGUUUUUUGCACAGUCCAGAUGACAGUGAGCAAACAUCUUCCAUCAAUCCAUCGCAAUAAAGCCCUAUCUGAGCUAGUUAAAUGGAAGGAGCAACGAGGCUAUCGGAGUUCGGGCAAGGCACCACAUCAUCUGCGGCUCUAGUGCCCGAUGAUACGGACACCGUCAUCGGUGUCAGUUAUGGGAUGGACGGAGGGGAUUCAGAGGCAGCUAAAAAGGCCUAUAUAACAGAGAUGCCUUCAUCAUCCUGCCAUCCUGGCUCCGGGCCGGGGGAGAAGAAGAUUGGCCACAGAAGAGUGGAUGCCUCGGGAGAGACCACCUACAAGAAGACCACGUCCUCUGCCCUGAAAGGUGCCAUCCAGCUGGGCAUCGGCUACACGGUGGGCCAGCUGAGCUCCAAGCCAGAGAGAGAUGUCCUCAUGCAGGACUUUUAUGUGGUGGAAAGCAUCUUCUUCCCAAGUGAGGGCAGCAAUCUGACCCCAGCCCAUCACUUCCCAGACUUCCGCUUCAAGACCUACGCCCCCUUGGCAUUCCGCUACUUCCGUGAACUCUUUGGCAUUCGGCCUGACGACUACCUGUACUCUCUGUGCAAUGAGCCUCUGAUCGAGCUGUCCAACCCUGGUGCUAGCGGCUCCAUCUUCUACGUAACCAGGGACGACGAGUUCAUCAUCAAAACAGUCAUGCACAAAGAGGCUGAGUUUCUGCAGAAGCUGCUGCCUGGAUACUACAUGAACCUGAACCAGAACCCUCGUACGCUGCUGCCCAAGUUCUUUGGCUUGUACUGCGUGCAGUCUGGCGGGAAGAACAUCCGGAUCGUGGUGAUGAACAACGUUCUGCCUCGCGUGUUCCGCAUGCACCUCAAGUUUGACCUCAAGGGUUCCACGUACAAACGGCGGGCCUCCAAAAAGGAACGUGAGAAAAACAGGCCCACCUUCAAAGAUCUGGACUUCAUGCAGGACGUCACGGAAGGCCUCAUGCUGGACACAGACACGUACAGCGCCCUGACCAAGACUCUGCAGAGAGACUGCUUGGUGCUGGAGAGCUUCAAGAUCAUGGACUACAGCUUGCUGCUGGGCGUGCACAACCUGGACCAGGCGGAGCGGGAGCAGCAGAUGGAGGGCUCGCAGGGCAGCGGCGACGAGAAGAGGCCGGCCCCCCAGCGCGCGCUCUACUCCACCGCCAUGGAGUCCAUCCAGGGGGGCGCGUCCUGCGGAGCAGCCAUCGACACAGAGGACACGAUGGGUGGAAUCCCUGCAGUGAAUGGGAAAGGAGAGAGAAUCCUCCUCUUCAUUGGCAUCAUUGAUAUCCUCCAGUCAUAUAGGCUCGUUAAGAAGCUGGAGCACACAUGGAAAGCGCUGGUUCAUGACGGGGACACCGUGUCGGUUCACAGGCCUGGCUUCUAUGCCGAGCGGUUUUUGAAGUUCAUGAACAGUAACGUGUUCAAAAAGAGCUCUUCUCUGAAGUCCUCACCCUCCAAAAGGGGCCACCGUGGGUCACUGGGGGUGCCCAAGUACACGGGCCCUGGGGCAGCCUGGUCAGCCAGCCAGCUCCCCUCCGAGCGAGACGAGAACAUCUAUGACCUGAGAGGGGCUCGUAGUUUCCCCGCCCUGGAAGAUGAAGGGAAAGACUUCCACCCUUGCACCCCUCCUAUGUUUGAAGAGGCCACCACAGCCUCCAUCGCCACCACCCUCUCCUCCAACAACUCCAUCUCCAUCCCCGAGCGAUCGCCCUCUGACACCACAGAGCACCCGCGUUACAGGAGGCAGGCCCAGUCACUGAGAGACUCAGAGGCCAGAUCGAAAGAGGUGGUGGACGUUCACGAAGAAGAUAAUCAGACCAUCACUGUGCAUGUGGAGGUGAAGCCGGACAUGGAGGAGGUGCAGGAGAAAGAGAAAUGUGCAGAAGAAAAGACAGAAGAAGGAGUGAAAGAAGAAGAGAGAGAGAAGAAAGAAGAGACGGUGAAAGUGGAGAAAAGUGAAGUGGUGGAAAGUGUAGUGGAGGCCGCUGUUGAGCCCACGCAACCCUCCUCAGAGAGCAGUGAGCUGGUCGAGUCUGAGGUUCGAGAAACAGCCAUUUUGGAGGAUGAGCCCCCACAGCCUGCCGAAUGCACUGCAUCCUCUGUUGUCCACGAGGCACCAUGGAUCGCCCGCGAGAAGACGACCGCACAGGCUUCAGCUGCAGCCCCCGUGCAGGAGGAGGCGGUCACUCUGGUCCAGUCACCGCCGGCAGCCCCAGUGCACGAGGAGAUGAUGGCCACAAUGGUUCAGUCACCGCCACCAAUCCCAGUGCAGGAGGAGGAGAUGGCCACACUGGUCCAUCCGGUGGCCGCAGUCCCAGUGCACGCGGUGGCUCCCACCCCCCGGCCCGUGGCUGAGUCGGACGCAGUGAGCCACCUGUCAGAGUCGGCCAGCCGCAACUCGCUGGAGGAAGAAGGCAUCACAGAUAUCUACUUUCAGCCUCCAGAGGAGAGGAACUGGCAGUACUCCCCUCUGCACUACGGCUCAGAGUCUCAGCCUGUCUCAGACGGCGAGAUUGAGACAUAAAUCUCUAUGCAGUCCUGGAUGGUGAGAUGGGAAACAGAAGAGCUGGGUUUGUGGCUUGUAGACUCUGCAGGCAGAAAUGGUCAGACAGCUCCCUGCUCUCCAGCAGGGCGGCGACGUGCUGUAAAGACUCUGAUGGCUGGGGACACACAUAUCAACAAGAACAACAGAACAAAAACAAAGUAAACGUCUAAUUACAGGAGAAACGACCAGAGACACUGGGCCCCUUCCCCCUGUCAGGUGAUUGCCUGAACGCCCCGCCCCCCUUUACAGCGCCUCCCCUCCAGUCCUUGAGGUACUCCGUAGAAACUCUUGUAGCCAAGAAUCUGUGUGAUGUGCAUGUUUGAUCCCCUACCCCUUGACAUUGUCAGUGAAGAGGAUGUGGCGCUAUACGCACCGCAACGCAACCGUCAUUAGCCGUUCCUCGGACCGAGACUGAGGCCGUGUUGACUGGACGUGAGCUGGCAUGCAGUCUGUGAACAUGCUGUUUUAUUAGUGCUACUUAUUCAUUUGGUUUGUCUUUGUGUGGGAGUGUGAUUUUAAAGGCACCUGUGACACAUCAGACAACAUCAGUGUUGUUGUUUUUUUGUUUGUUUGUUUGUUUCAUGGAAAAAACUAAAUCAUCAUGGCAAGCUGGUAGUGUUUAAACCGUGAAACAGGUCUAUAUGCCAUGACAGGUUAUUUUUCCCUUUUAAGAAACAAGCUAUCAGGACUGCUGUUGGUUGCCUGAUUUUUGGGAUGUUAACUUCUGUAUGCGGUAUCCAUUCAUAGCCAUAGUGUUUCAUGAGCAGAAAAGGGAACAGCCCAGUACCCAGGCCGAACAGGUGAUGCUGUCUCAUUUUUAACUAUCACUAUCUGAACCAUUAUUUAAGCAUCAUUAGGCAAGGAAGAUUACCAUUCUUACUGUACUAUUUUUGACAAGCUGUACUAUUUUUACUGUUCAUUUUAUUUUAACACUGGUACAUUGCCCCAUAAUCAACACACUUGUUGAACUAAGUUGUCCAAAUCUUUUUGACUUGAUUACAAGUGUUUCAGGUGAUGGCAUUUUUGUAUUUCUUUUUUCUUUUUUCUAUUUAUUGUGUUUCUCAAAAAUACUUUUUUGUUUGUAAAGUCAACACUGAUUGAGGUAAACAGUCAAGGUUGUACAGUCCAGUCAGUUGAACAUAACAGACAGAGCCACACAAGUUAUGUAAGAGUGUCUUAAUUCUGUUAAUUAAGUGUGUGUGUGUGUGUGUGUGUGUGUGUGUGUCCAUGUAUGUGUGUGUGAGAGAGAGGUUUAAAAACUAUUAAAGACAUUUGUCACAUCCCAAUCAUGUAGGACAUCUUGAGUGAGUGAUUGCAUUCACUCUCUUUCCUUCUUUAUGGAUCCUCAGUGGAGUUAUUUUCUGAAGGUCAGUGCAAAUCCUGUAGCACUUUAUUUACUUCCUGUGUGACAUUUAUAAUGAUUUAUAUUCAUCUAUCUCAGCGAGCUUUGUAUAGAUUGUUUAUGAUCUUUUCUAUAUCCAUGGGAAGGGACAGAAUGCAUAAUGUUUAACAGACUGUCCAUGACUGACUAAUUGAAAUCUGUUACUGUCAAUGGCUUCAGACCAUGUGUAGCGGUUAAGUGUUGUCAGUUUGUCAAUUCUGUAUUUUUUCCGUUGCCUUAUGGAGAGGGGGAAAAAAGUUCAAUGUGUAGUUACCAUUGUGGUUGUUGACUUUCUCAUGCUCACAUUAGUCACUGACAGUUGACUUGGUUAUGUGUAUAAAUAUUGUGUAUGACGUUUUCAUUACUGUAUUGUAUAAACAUUUUUUCUGUCUUUGUUCUUUGGCUGCAAACAAAAAAGUCGACAUCCAUUAAGUCAUUUUCUACAUGUAGUUUGUCACGUACUGUUAAUGUAAUCAGUGCUACUGGACAAUAGUGUAUAUGUAUAAAAAAAGUCAGCUCUCUGGGGGUGAAAGAGUGUGUGUGUGUGUGUGUGUGUGUGUGUGUGUGUGUGUGUGUGUGUGUGUGUGUGUGUGUGUGUGUGUGUGUGUGUGUGUGUGUGUGUGUGUGUGUGUGUGUGUGUCAGGAGCGGGGGAAUCUGAUUGGACAUAUGGGUGAAUGUUGUCACGGAUGAACUGCAUGUAUUUUAUUACAGUAUCAGUCACUGGAAAAUGUCAUUUGACCUCCCCUGUCCAUCUAAGAAAUGGUGGCCAAAUCUAUGUGUGUACGGGGAUCAGCUGGCUAUUGUGUAAAGGAAAAUAAAUAAAAACAUAUCUGUGAUAUCA